CCAAGCUUUCGAGUUCCUGGAGCUGCUCUGCAUAAACCUGUUCCUCUCUCCUUGGAGAAAAGAAAUAAAGUCGCUGAAGGCAAAUAUAUAACAAACUAUCAGAAGGCAGAGGAUAAGGAAAAGCUAAACAAAGAGGAAGAUAAAUGCCACCCUGAGGGAAUGGAAACUUUUGAUGUGGGAAAAGAAAGUCUGAGGAAUAUGGAGCCUGGAGCAGAUUGACGUAAAAUGAAUACAGAGAGUAUCCUCUGCAAAACAGUUGCACAGGAGUUUGCUUGACCAGAGCGACUACUCCAGCUACAUAAUGCUGUGAUCUUUGAACAACCUUUCUAAAUACCUGUCACAAUUCUGAGUCACCACCUGAGCUCAUUGGAGCUCUUUAUUAUAUCUUUAGACUAGGUUCAGGGGAAAUGAGGGAAAUCUAGUGUCCUAACACCAAGGGAAGCUCCAGAAACAAGAGACGCACCAGGGAAGUGAGAGGGUGAAGGAAUAAGCCCCCUAACAGAGACGCACAUAUAUUCAUACGACUCUAUUAAAUGAGCCCAACAAUAGCAUUGUGAUUUGUAUUAACACAGCCCCAAUCAUGGACCAGGAGUCCACUGGGCCAGGCAGCAUGCAAAGGCAGAACAAAAAAACCCAGCCCCUUCCCCAAGCAGUUUACAAUGGGAGUAUAAGGCAGGAGACAGGCAGAUACAGGUAAUGGAAGGGAUUAUCAAUAAUGUUUACAUGUAAGGCUUUAAACUCAGAUUUUCAAAAGUAACUGCUGAUUUUGGGUGCCCAACUUGGCACACUUAAAAGAGGCCUGAUUUCCAGAAAGAGUUGAGCACCCUGUGAUGCUUUCCCAGGGCGGCCAGAACUGUAAGCUGCUGGGAUAUCCCUCUGCCUCAGCAAGGGAGCUUUGCUGGAGUUUAACUGUGUGUCAUCUCUCUGCCACAUCCGCCUGUCCACCUCACCAGCAAACACCUCAAGACUCUGCCAGUGUUAACCUUGCCUUGCAGAUAACAUUCAGUAAACCCCCUGCAAGUUCCUCUGCAGUACCCUACCCCUAUGACUGCAGAGUCUCUGAAAUUACCAAAGUUUGCUGCCUCCAAAGAGACAGUGCACACGCCAGCUUGUUAGUUUUGCUGAGGACCCAUGCUUUACUGUAACACACAGCUCUAAGAUGACUUUAUGGUAAAACCAAAACUGAGUUUAUUACUAAAGAACAGGUUUAAGCGAUAGUAAGCAGAGACAAUAUAAACUGAAAAUGGGUACAGAUAAACCAUAAAUAAAAUACACUUUCUUGUAUCUAAAACUUAACAGAUUACAAGCCUGGUAUGGGGCAAUUUCUCACUCGGUCAGUUCUCGUAUCCUCAAUCCACACGGCUGCAAAAUACACCUUUCACAGAUUCCAGAAGUGCUGGCCCUUUUGUCCCUUAAGUGAUGUCUUUUUCCCCUUCCUUAUAACUCUGAAAAACCUUUGAAACAUAUUUUUUUGAAAAGUAACCCCAUACAAAGUUCCCUGCUGCUUGUUCCACAGGGUGCAGAGCAUGUCCCUUUUUUGUCCUCUUGUUAAUUAGCUCUUUCUGGUGGGUUGAUUAUUUUGUUUACCUUAGAUGCAAAUAUACUUUCAUUGUCUGUAGCUUACAAAGUUAGACUCAGGCACAUGGGCAAAUCCAUAUUCCUUUGUAUAAGACAAGCCUGUUUUUCCACUCUACUCAGAUUGCUUGGUCUGAACAUAUUUUAGGCCAGAUCUACACUACAGACCUAAAUCAGUAUAAAUGCGUCACUCAAGGCUGUGAAAAAUCCACACCCCUGAGCAACACAGUUAUACUAAUCUAACACUCACCCACCCCCCAUGUAGACAGCGCUGCGUCAGCGCUGCGUCAACGGAAGAGCUUCAGUGUUCAAGGGGUUUCUAUUUUUUAAAUUGAAAAAGACUUUGCUCUUGAAUGGAACACAAGAAAAGGUGGUUGGUGUUUUUAUACUAUCCUAGUCUGGCCACGGCGAUCUUCUGCUGCUGCCACUGUCCUUUUCAAUUAAUGAGGUAACAGGCCUUAUCCUCAGCUGGUGGAAAUUGGCAUAGCUCCACUCAAGUUAUUGCACUUGAGCAAAGCAGUAAUUUUCAGGAGGCUGACAAUAAUGCUGGUAUAAAACCUCAAAAUUCAAAACUCAGUGACACCAGUUUGGGGAAAUAGGUGUUAAAAAUUAAAUAGUUAUGAACUUGUUUAAAAAGCCCCUUCCCCUGCAUGAUUUCCCUCAAUGCCCAUCUUAAUGUUUCUUUUUUUUUUUUUCCCCAGACGUUUACAGGUAAUUUUGUCUACUGUGUUCAAUCAGUGCUCCCAGAAAACGUAGUAAACACAAUACUGCAGAAAAUAGGUUACAUUGCAACAACAGCAACAGAGUAUUCACUUGUCAGAAAGAUAAAUGAGGAGGAAACAAAAGAGACUGCAUUUGAAAUAUUUCUUGCAAGAAUCGAGUGUGAAACCAUCCUUGAAAUGAUAAGCGAAGAACAACACAGUGAUUUGGGGGAUGUCUUACAGAAGAGAGCACAAAAGCACUGGUAUCAUGAAGAGAACAAGGACAGAGAGAGUCAACCCUUCCAGAGAGAGGACCCUGAAAAUCUGGAAAACAAAGAAAAUAAUGAGAUUUCUUCAUGCCUUGGUGCUGCUCAACAGAAGUCCUCAACAAAGAGUGAGAAAUCCUUUGAAACUGCUAGAAAUAGUAAGAUCAAAGAUGAAUCCCAUUUUAAGCCUGCUACUGAUAUGUCUCAGUUAGCAUCUACUCAAUCCACUAGCAGGCUUCAAGCACACCACAGGCACGUCAGUGAGUCAGCACACUCUCAUGGCAAAUGCUCAGAUAGCGACGACUUCUUGAACAAAUACAGUGACAUUGUCAUAGGACAAAAGCCCAUCUUUGGUGAGAAUUCUCCUCAGAAAGUGUUUGAAGAGAAGCUAAGAGGCAAUCAGAGUGAAGAAUGUGUUUUGGUGAUCUCAACGCCGUUGACAGCAAACGAAGCUGGCCCCAAACCACUCUCACCAGGUGCAAGUGGCCCACAAGCCUUUGCAAUAUUUACUGAUGAUACUCCUGAAAGCAGAAAUGCCCUUGAUAAAUACAGAGCCCAAGAAGUCCCUGAAGAAACCAUUGAAGCAAAAAUCAGUGAUGCCAUGAAUUGCAUAGGCAUCUCUAUAAAUCCCGCAGAUCAACCCCAGGAGCUGAAGCCCCUGUCUCAUAGCAAUACGGUUGUUACAGAAUGUAAUUUAACCAAAGACGACAAAGUUUGUGAAAUAGCUUUAUCUUUUAGCAAACUAAAAAUCCAGGACGCCAGUGAUGAAGAGCUUAUGUAUCCAGUAGAGGAAACUGCACAACUUGAGUGUAUAACAAAUGUAAAUAUAAGUGAUAAAGACAUCAGAGAAUGCAGUCUCUCCAAGAUGAAAUAUACAUAUCCAGCUAGGAUUCAGACAACAAAUAAAGCACCUUUCAGUGUUGGUCAGUCUUCCUCAAACCUACUUGGUAAUGCCACUGGGGCCCCCGAGUGUCCUACCACUGGCUCAGAUAACAAGAGACUAUUAACGCAUAUGCCUGGUACACAUGCAACUUCAGAGGGUUUCAGACACAUCAGAGAGCCACCUAAUCCCACUUACAUCCCUCCCAGAAGUAUUUAUGUUCCAUCUCCAGGCCCUAGUGCCACCAUUGUGAAUUGUAGGAAGACCCACUUACAGCCUGAAGGAGGCUCACCUGAGUCCUCUUCAUCUACAGACAAAGGAAAGUUUGAGACUUACACUUCAAAAGCGAAUGAAACUAACCAAGAGGACUAUGUAAUUAUCAGCAAGGAUGGUGAAUAAGGAAUGCCAGGCCCAUAUGAUUCUGCCAAUGUCCUUCACUGUUGUCAACAACAUAAAUGUAUUUCCAGGCUGGUCUUGGUCCUCCCUUGAGCAAAGAUUCAUCACACCAAAGCACCUGCUGCUUUUGGGUAGUGAAGAAAGGGUCCAUUAGUCUGCUCUGUUUGUCUUCAGUGAUCACACUGAUACUCAGGUGCUCAGACCUGAAUGGUCACCUGUCUUUAAUUUGUGUGUCUUAAAAAUGAGGAUAAAUUCACAAAUGUAUUUGAUAUGAUGUAUAAGUUAGACACCAGGACCUGCUGUAUUUGGCUUCUGACAGGUUUUUCAAAUACAUAUACUGCCGCUUUUUUUCUCUCUCUCUAACAAGUUAUUCUUGCAGCAAGGCAGCAAAUUUACCUCAAAGAAUGAAAUAAAGUCUAAAAUGUUGUGCAAUGGGAAAAAUAGAUAAAUGCUUCCAAAUUAAGGUUCACUGUUUAUAGUCUCUCCCAUGCCGCGUUAAAGUUACAUUUGAAGCUCAUCUCCAGUUCAUAACAUUUCAGUUAAGUUAACUUUUGAGCUACUGUUCCUUUUCUUUGUUCUCAGUCCUAAGAUUGAUUUACAAAGUUUGGUAAAAUUCUGUUUGGAUGUUCAGAGAAAAACAACAACAGAGGUAACACACACUCUGCUAAGACAUUUUCAGAUGUAUUUUUGCAUUAGAAUAAUCCUGUGGGUCUUCUAAAUAUACUUGAUUCUGUACAAUUAUAGGAUUUGAUACUUGCCUCUGUUUGCUACCACCAAAUAAUACCAAAAAAUUAAAAAAUAAAAUGUUUUGUCUUGGCCCCC